AUAUAAAAUACAGCGGAUAUGCACGUGUUUUGUGGUCACCGAUUUAUAUUUUCAGGUUUACUUUACCUGAAAUUUUCACGACUGACACGAUGAACUGUGAAGAUAUGUAAAACAAGUGUGAUUUGAUAUCCUUAGGCUUAUGAUUAAUAAAAUAUAAGCUUGUAAGACACAUAUCACAUGAUUAAUUGCUGAUAGUUAACAACUUGAAAUACUGACACACACAAUAAUCGCAUAAAGACUUUAGUGCAACAUAAUUUGAUUGUUUUUUUACACCUCUUUGAGCUCUCAAACUGCUGUCUAACAGUGGGACAGCGGUAGGUCUAUGGACUUACAACACCAAAAUUCGGGGGUCGAUUCCUCACGGUAGACACAGCAUAUAGCCUAAUAUGGCUUAGCUAUACAACAAACAAACUCGUACUGUUACUAGGCAGUUUAGUGUUGUUGCCGUUUUUUUUUUCCAUUAAAUGAUCAAACUUUAUAAAUAUAUGUUUGUUUGUGUUGGAAAUAUUUAGUUUCCAUUAAGCCUUUUAGAACAAGCUUACUAGUACUGUUUUCUUACCCACGGCAUAGCACAUUGUUUUGUUUUGUUUCUUGGAUCUAAAAGGUUAUAAGAUAUCAUCAUUUUUUUGCAAUGGUCUUACCGAGAUAGCAAGAAGCACCCAUGGGUUUUGUGAGUUAAGUGGUAGGACUCAACCAGUAGUUGGUGACAUUGUUAUGGCACUUGUAGAAAUGGGGAUCAACAUUGAUUCUAUCCCAUCUUAUGCUAAAAGAUCAAACAGAAUUAACCUGCCAACACCAUCAGUUACACCUUUACCAUCCAACUCCAAAAUUCUCCAAGCAGGUGAGAAACGUCCACUUCCUAGCUAUAUUCCAGAACACUAUCCUCCAUUUCCUGAUCCACAUGCCUACAUUCGCACCCCAACAUACAAACAACCAGUGACUGAGUAUGAGGCUUUACGUGAAAAAGCAGCGAGUCAGAAGCGGGAUGUUGAACGAGCUCUGACAAGGUUUAUUGCUAAAACAGGCGAUACACAUAAUCUGUCUACUGAUGACACAAACUUGUUCCCUUUGAUAGCAUGCAAGCCUUUAUCCAAUCCCUGCUUGAGUGCCUUACUACCUAAGGAUCAGGUGUAUGAAGAAGAGAGUGAAAAUAACAGAGAUCAAAGAUUACCUAUUACAGGACCAGAUGAUGUCAAUGCCAGUAAAGCUGAUAGCGAUAUGGAUGUGAUGGACAGUCCUUACUUACGGCCUGUGAAGAUGCCAAAAAAACGCAGACGUUGAUAGAAAUUUUUAGAAGGAGUGAUACAUAGUUCUAUAAAAAUACAUUGUAUGUGUGUGUAUAUAUUCGUGUUUUAUACUUUAUUUCCUAAAUAUGUGCCUUUUUAAUUAAAUAAAAAUACUUACAGCAGCUCUUAGAUUAAGUAUUUGAGUUUUGAUAUUAUUUAUAAUACAUCCAAGAUAUAGUCUCUUUGGGAGGAAUACGUUUUCAUGGAAUAUGUUAAGAAAGCAUGUUUAAAUGACAUGGUGGACAAGUAAGUAAAUUUUAUUGAUCUUUUAAAAUUCUGUAUAGUCACUCAUGUGGAUAAAAUACUGAAGAACUUCAAAAAAUAUUUGAAUUGCUACAUUGUGACCUAGACCUUGAAAACAUCCUAACCCAUAGUAUUCAAAGUUAUUACUUCAAAGGUAGAAGUACUUAUAAUACCUUAAAAGUGUACAAGAUUUUUAUAUCAAAUUUUAGGCCUAUUGGUUUCUAAUGCUUCACCAAGCUGUCAGCAUUUUAAUUGUAACUUUUUUAAAGUAUUAUACUACAUAUAUGAAUAGUGUUUCACAGAAUCAUUUAUAUUACAUCAUCCAGCCAAACUGACAAGUUCUGGUAUUGAACAAAUGUCCUCUUAGGCAGUGGCUUGUGAAAGACAAAUGAUAGUUAUUUUUACACCUCUGAUUUUGAAUCCAAAAUGUACAAAUUAUCAGGGAUGUAUAAAGAAAACAUCUGCAGUUUACCUGACUUUUAUCACAAAUUUCAGACCUAUAGGUAAAUAAUUUCAUUCUUGCAACAUUGCUAAAAACCUUUUAUGGGCAUUUUAAAGGUGAAAAACUUUAAAGAAUUAAAAUUGUAAUAAUAAUACAUAUUCAUUUGUGAUGAAAUUUAGAUUUAUUUUUCAUCAAGAAAUAAUUUCUUCCAUUGUUUUAGAAAUAACCAUGAUAUUGGGUUUUAAAAGACUUUGAACUCCAAAAACUCAGAGAUCCACAGAAAAUAUAUUGUUUUACUUUUUAAAAAUGAAAGCUAGUUGAAUGUUUAUUUAGUUUGACUAGAGUCUGGUUCUAGUAUCCAGUUUUUGUUGGUAACCAUUUCUAUUAAAUGAAUCAUGAAUAACGAAUGAAGGUCCUGUACAUGGUGGCAGUCUACAUUUUAUUGUUUUUUUAACAAGUUAUUACCAUUGGCCAAAAAAAAUUAUCCAAAUAAAACUGUAUUCUACAUGGUUAAAUAUACAUGAUUUAAUAAUAAGGUGGCCUUCUAUU